GUCUGCGGCAGUUUGCGUCUGGGCCAUCGGUGAGAGUGAGACUCUGAUUGGAUGUUCAGUUUAGCGAACGAGUCGGUGCCCGAGAAUUAAAGUGAAAGCGUUGAAAACGAGGAAGUAAAUGAAGGCGGCACAGACAGAAGGCUGUUCUAAUGUUGCGUGAUCUUACCCAAGCAUUCCAAUAUGCGAAUAAUUUCAUAACAACAUGCGCCAAUUAAAAUUAUUUAAUUUGGCACCAGUUAUUGCGCCAAAUAACUGAUAUUCAAAAAGGCUGGAAUUAAAGACAAAUCAUCAUCCUCUUUCUUAUUUUAAGUGAUCUUCAUAUCUAGUUGUAGUCCUGCUUAAAAGUGAAAUGUUGAUGCUUGGAUACCUGUUUUUGCUUCUCGGUGCCAUUGACAUUCACACUACAGCAAAUAACCUGCAAGAGAAUAUUGCAAUCAACGGAAAAGCCGUACAGUCAUCUACACUCCCCUACGAGGCUAAUAAAGCCAUUGAUAAUGCUGAUUUGUACUGCACUCACACUGAAACCGAGGCAAACCCAUGGUGGAGGCUGGAUCUGAUGGAUCUACAAGUCAUUCAAGAAGUGAUCGUCACUAACAGGAUAGACUGCUGCUUUGAACAAAUCAAUGGAGCUGAGAUUCGCAUCGGAAACUCUCUGGAGAACAAUGGCAACAACAAUCCCAUAUGCGCUGUGAUUUCUAGCAUUCCAGCUGGUGUUUCCUCCACCUACACAUGUAAUGGUAUGGAGGGUCGAUACGUGAAUCUGUUCAUUCCUGGAGAUACAAAGUAUCUUACUCUGUGUGAAGUGCAGGUCUAUGAAGAAGGUAUGAUGAAACAAACGACCUUUGUGAAGAUGAAACUGAACUCUAAUUCAAGCCUGUCUGAACCUGCAGUGAGAGUUCAGCUCCUGUCACAGCUUCAGUCUGCUCUGACGAAACGAGGGAUUUCUGUCAUGACGCUGCAAUUGUCUCAUAAACAAGAAGUGAAGCGGAAGGAAGCUGUGCCAAGUGAAUGUGUUCAUACAAACACUGGAAAUCUGAAAAGGAAUCUCAAUGUGCUGUAA